AUGCUUGACGAAUACAAAACAAUCUGUGCUCAGCCACGCAAUCCUGACGAUCCUCCGGAAACUGAGGUCUCAAUUGUACCUCUUAUGCUGUGGUCUGAUUCGACUCACCUUGCUGACUUCGGAAAUGCGUCACUCUGGCCUGUCUACCUGUUCUUCGGCUUUAUCUCGAAGUACGUCCGCUGUAAGCCAUCGUCGUUCUGUGCACAUCACCUGGCAUAUCUGCCAUCGGACGUCUAUGAGAAGUUGUACGGCACAUCAGCGACUGCCGAUGUCCUUCGUUUCUGCAAACGUGAACUCAUGCAAGCCAUCUGGGUCCUGGUUCUCGACCCAGAGUUCAUGCAUGCAUAUGAGCAUGGCUUGCUACUCAAAUGCAGAGAUGGCAUUCUUCGUAGAUUAUUUCCCCGGUUCUUUACAUACUCGGCAGAUUAUCCUGAAAAGAUUUUACUCGCAUGCAUCCGUUAUCUCGCACGAUGUCCAUGCCCACGCUGUCUGAUUGAGAAGUCUGACAUCCCGAAGAUGGGCACACCCGCAGAUUCUGCACGUCGCAGCAAGAGUCGCACGGACACUUCUGCUAUCCAGAACGCAAUCAAGCGCACAAGGGCAUGGGUAUUCGAGAAAGGAAUCAGCCUAGGCAGCAAGAAGAUCGCGAAGAUACUAGAUGUACAAUCCCUUGUUCCUACAAGGAGUGCAUUCUCGAUGCGUCUCGCCAAGUUCAGCUUCAACGUAUACUCACUGUUCGUUCCGGACCUCCUGCACGAGUUUGAAUUAGGUGUGUGGAAGGCUGUCUUCGUACACCUUCUUCGAGUAUUGCAUGCAGAAGGCCAGGAUCGCAUUCAGAAGUUGAAUAGCAGAUUUCGCAAAGUGCCUACUUUUGGCCGCGAUACAAUACGCCGAUUUGACACCAAUGUCUCAGCACUCAAAAAGCUCGCAGCACGAGAUUACGAAGACAUUCUUCAGUGUGUGAUCCCGGUCUUUGAUCACCUGCUGCCUGACGAACAUAACGAACUUGUCCUCGACAUGCUAUUUAUUCUGGCAACCUGGCAGGCCCUCGCCAAGCUUCGUCUACAUACAACAGACACCAUCGUCGCAUUGCGAAAAACAACGAAGGUUCUCGGCGCAGUUGUGCGCCAUUUCAAGACUACGACGUGCGAAGAUUAUGAAACGUAUGAGCUUCCCAAGGAAGAAGCUGCACGAGGUCGACGGACGGCUGCACGAAAAUUCAAGCAAGGCGAGAACAUGACGAAUAAACACAGUAGUAAAGGUAAGAAGAAGGAUACAGGUCCAGCGUCUGGCAGUACAAGAAAGAAAAAAGAAUUCAAUCUUGUGACGUACAAGUGGCAUUCUUUGGGUGACUAUGCUGCCGCGAUUGAAACCUAUGGUCCUACUGACAAUUACACGAUGCAAACGUCAAAGCAUUCUGGCCAAGAACGAACAAAUUCCACUAUACCGGGCAAAUCGCGAAGCAUGAACGACGUGCUGCCAUCAUACGUGAUAUUCAUCGAUGUCGGAGCGGCUGCUCUGACGUUCACUACAUUGGACCCACUUCCUGCAUCUACACAUAUGGAGGACCAUUAUCAUAUCUCUGAAAGGGCACCACAUUCUGAAAACAUCCAUUGCUGGCUGAGAGAGCAGCAAAGUGAUCCUGCUGUUAAGAACUUCUUGCUGAACCUCAAGACCCACUUGCUUGCACGGCUUAGGAUGAUGGCGUAUGACGGUGAUGAGACCGAGUUUUCCCCAGAGGACCUUGACACAAUGCGCAUUGUCGACAAUCGGAUUUAUUUCCACAAAGUCGUACGCAUUAACUAUACGACCUACGACAUGCGACGGGCUCAAGAUUCAAUCAAUCCACGCUCUCAUGCUGAUAUCAUGCUACUUUCUCAUGAAGAUGGUAUUGAAGCUGAGUCGCAUCCAUACUGGUAUGGCCGAGUGGUUGGGAUCUUCCAUGUCAUGGUGAAGCACUCUGGCAUCUGGUCGAAGUCGUCUGAGCCUCAGCGCAUCGAUGUCUUGUGGGUUCGCUGGUUUGGACGAGAAGAAGGCGUGUCAACGGCGAGUUUCGAUACACUACGGCUACCCCGCAUUGGAUUUGUUCCUGACAAAGAUUCGCAUGCUUUCGCAUUUGUGAACCCGGAUGAGGUGUUGCGUGCUGCACAUCUAAUCCCCGCAUUUGCUCAUGGCCGUACCAUGGACCUCCUGCCACGUUCAGCCGUGCGACAGCCCAGGGAAGAGGACAGUGACUAUGUUUAUUACUACGUGAAUAUGUGA